AUGCUGUCUGGCAGCACUGGCCAAUCCACUGAUCUGACAGCUACGCUUCAACACACCAAUACAGCCACGCCGAGAAAAAGCAAGAUUGUUUAUUUCUUUGUGCAGUGGACAAUAAAAACAAAUCCAUCGCAGCAGUCGCCCGUUCGCCACGCCAUGUCGUAUCUAUCGAAUUUUAACGCCGAAACGGGCAAAACCAUACUGGUGGACAUCCUCAAAACGGUCAACCAGCCGGACAACUCGAAAAAGCUGGCCGAAGCCAAGGCCAACUCGGGCAAGGAGAUGAUCAAGAUGAUGCAGAACGUCUUCCCGCUGGUGAUGCAGAUCCAGAUCGAGGUCAUCAAGGACUACGGUUUCCCGGGCAACCGGGAGGGGCUGGUGCAGUUCGAGCAGAUCAUCCGCGAGUUCGAGCGGGAGGAGGUGGACAUUGCGCGGCUGCGGGCCCAGAUACGCUCGAUCUAUCUACCUCCGAUCAACAUUAACAGCACCAACGACGUGCUGAUAUAGGACUGUGGCCGUCUCCAGCGAGACUCCCGGAAGACGGUGCAUUUAAGACUGAGGAUUAGGACGGUCGGACGGCCAGCGAAAACCCUAUACAACUGCCAGUGUGUAGUAUUAAUGCAGCGAAACCAUAUUUACGGUCUAAUUUACAGUGACGUGGCCAUGCGCCAGAAGUAUUGGAUAGUUCCAGCGUAAGGUUAAAUGGUCCUAACGUAAUGGUUUUCUAUACUUUUAUUACUCUAACCGUACUUCAUAGCUUCCUCCGUUUUUUUUUAAAUUAUUAUAAGUGAUAUCUUAUUUACAUCGUUCUUGCGUAUGUAUUGCGAACAAAUACGCAAAUGUAUUGCGUAAACCAAACAGCGCCGUAAACGCCGUUGUGUAUUUUAUGGUUCAAAAUAAAAGGAAAUAAAUCGAUUUUA